AUGAGGCAGGUCAACGAGAGUGUCCCUCGGGAGUUCAUCCUCUUAGGCUUCUCAGAUCGGCCAUGGCUGGAGUUCCCUCUCUUUGUCGUGUUCCUGGUUUCCUAUAUCUUGACCAUCCUAGGCAAUCUGGCGAUAAUCGUGGUGUCCCGCGUGGAUGCCAAGCUCCACACGCCCAUGUACUUCUUCCUGACCAAUCUCUCGGUGCUGGACCUCUGCUACACCACCAGCACCGUCCCGCAGAUGCUGGUAAACAUCCGCAGCGCCCGCAAGGUCAUCAGUUACGGGGGCUGCGUGGCCCAGCUCUUCAUCUUCCUGGCUCUGGGUUCCACGGAGUGUCUUCUCCUGGCCGUCAUGUCCUUCGACAGGUUCGUGGCCAUCUGCCGGCCCCUCCGGUACUCGGUCAUCAUGCACCAGAGGCUCUGCGCCCAGCUGGCUGCGGCGUCGUGGGUCAGCGGCUUCAGCAACUCGGUCUUGCAGUCCACCCUGACCCUGGAGAUGCCGCUCUGUGGCCACCACGAAGUGGACCACUUCUUCUGUGAGGUGCCCGCCCUGCUCAAGCUGUCCUGCGCCGACACGACGGCCAACGAGGCGGAGCUCUUCUUCAUCAGCGUGCUCUUCCUCCUCAUCCCGCUGGCGCUCAUUCUCAUCUCCUACGGCUUCAUCGCCCGGGCGGUGCUGAGGAUCAAGUCGGCCGAGGGCCGGCGCAAGGCGUUCGGGACCUGCGGCUCCCAUCUCGUCGUGGUGUCCCUCUUCUAUGGCACUGCCAUCUACAUGUACCUGCAGCCCCCGUCCCCUGCCUCCAAGGACCGGGGGAAGAUGGUGUCCCUCUUUUAUGGCAUCAUCACGCCGAUGCUGAACCCCGUUAUCUACACACUAAGGAACAGAGAUGUCAAGGGAGCCUUUAGGAGGCUGAUGGCAAGGACCUUCUCACUCAAGAGAUGA